AUGAAAGUCGAUUGGAAAACCAGUGAAGCAAGAAAGAUUGUCUUGAACGAUCUUGGAAGUGGAUUCCUAGCCCUCAAUCCAAAAGAUAUUUCGGCAAGAGAAGCUUGGGGCACUCUGUACGAAUAUAUGGAUGAGUUUGAAGGUAUCGAGUUCAAUCAAUUCUCGAGAAACUUGAGCAGCUACAGAAAGAAGAUGGCCAGCGAUUCCAAGUUUGUCUGGAAUAAUACAUGUGCCCAAGACAUCGUUCUGAAAGACCUGGAAACAGGACGGCUCCCUGCCUAUCAACGGGAGAUGUCUUCUGAAGAAGCCUGGCGCUCAUUGUACAGCACCAGGAAAGAGUUCAAGAAUGUGCCCUUUUGGCACUUUGAAGAGAGACUUCGAGAGCUCCGAUCAAAGAAGCAAAUGCAACUUCGAUCCGAUUUUGAGCACAUCUGUUUGCUCAAAGACAUGAGUAGGAUUGCAAGAAAAAUCGGUAAAGAAGGAAUGAAACCAAACCCUGGUACGAUUUUGGCCGACAUUUUGACCGAAUAUCCUGGUCUAGCAGAGUGGGAUGGAGACGCGAAGCAUUUGUAUCAGUGCCAGUGA